UACACGCUGCUGCCUGCCGGUGCUGCUGUAAUAUGAGCACCUUCUCCACAGUUGUUUAGAAAUUAAAAUGAAGGACAGUUCUUUAUCUAACCGAGAUACCAACAAGCUAGAGGCCAUUGCUCAGGAGAUAUAUGUAGACCUAAUAGAGGAUUCUUGUUUGGGCCUCUGCUUUGAGGUACACCGGGCAGUCGAGUGUGACUACUUCUACCCAGAGUUUGAAGAAACUGGAAGCAUGAAGGAUUUUGGCAUUCAGCCAGUAGAAGAUAAAGGAGCGUGCAGCCUCCAGCUUUGCUCCCUUCCUGGAGAAUCUGGGAAUGGGCCUGAUCAGCAGCUGCAACGCUCACCCAGAGAAUUCUAGUAGCUGCACCAUGAGAGAGUCAGAGGGUGACCAGGACAAUAACAUAGACCGGUCCUGUGGUUUGGAGAAGUUAGGUAUCUAAGUAGAAAAAGAAAAAAAAAAAAAAAAAU